AUGUUUAGUACGUUGGACGACACUUUCUUACCUUACCAGGUGUUCAACACCUAUAUUAGAAAAGAAUGUAUAGCCGUCAAUAUAAAUCGUAUAGAAGUACCCCCUCUAGUAGAAUUAGGCACAGACUCUGUCAUUCUUGACUGCAACUACAGCACAGGCGUGAAACCAGGACCUGGCCUUGUAAUCAAGUGGUUCUUUAACGGGUCUACGGGAUUGGUGUAUCAGUGGAUUCCACCAAGACAACCCCAGGUGAUAGGACUUUUAAAAGGAAAAGUCGAUAUGACCUUUAAAAUUUCAGAAGAACCUCUACAAGCUUACCGUGCUAUUAAGAUAUUACGCCCCAGUACACACCUGAGCGGCAACUACACGUGUGUGGUAUCCACCUUUAUAGAAGAAGAUCGGCAAACGAAAUCAAUGCUGGUAUAUAGUCCAGGAAAGAAUUUUCAUUUCACUCAGGAGAAACAUUAUGUUUUCUUAGUAACGUUGAUAUGUGCAGCCGAAGAUUUGUAUCCAAGACCUCUGUUAACGAUAUUGUCAAAAGGUUUCAGCAAAGUAAACAUUCGGAAGCCUUUAGAGCAAGCCGUUACAGACAUGAGAAUGGACUCUUGGGGUAUGUACUCGGUGGAGACGAGAGCAGAAGUUCACGACGAUGACGUCAGUCAUCCCUUCGAAGAGUUCGUAUGUGUUCUGAGUUUGCCCCUCGCUAAUUACACAGCAAACAGAACUACAAUUUAUCACCCAGGUCUUAUGCCCACGGCACUCAUCGCUGCCAUCGAAGUGGAAAAGCCACAGGAGCAUCAAGCAAACAGUAAGGCUAACAGUUUUCAUUUAUUGUGUGUGACUUUACACACGUAUUAUAAUGACUAA